AUGUCUUCUACAUCUCUCCUGAGCAUGCGCUCAUCUCGAGUCUUCUCUCCUCGUCUGCGUUCCAACCUUUCCAAGCCCUCAAUUCAGAUCCGGGCUAAGGCUACCGCGCCUUUCCGUCUUCCCGAUCCUCGCAAUGAACCUAACCCAUUAUACAAAAGAGGAUCCGAAGAGCGUAUCAAGCUAGAAGAGGCUCUUGUCAAGCUCCGAGCUCAACUUCCUGUCCAGAGCGACAUCAUCUACGACGGCAAGGUUCAAAAGAGCGCUCAGUCCUGGGACCAGCCUUUGCCUGCCGAGCAUGCCACCGUCUUUACCAACUACCCUCUUGCAACCAGGGAGCAGAUUAAAGAGGCCAUUAAAGGCGCACUUGAGGCCAAAAAAGAUUGGGAAGAGACUCCCUUCGUCGACCGUGCCGCCAUCUUCCUCAAAGCCGCCGAGCUGGUGACCGGAAAAUACCGCCAUGAGUUGAUUGCCGCAACUAUGCUGGGUCAGGGCAAGAACAUCUGGCAGGGCGAGAUUGAUGCCGCGGCCGAGUUGGCAGAUUUCUUCCGCUUGAACUGCAACUACGCCGCGGAGAUUCUCGAGAAACAGCCCACCCGCGGCAGCGAUGGCAUGUGGAGUCGUCUGGACCACCGCCCUCUGGAAGGAUUCGUCUACGCGAUCUCGCCUUUCAACUUCACCGCGUUAGGCGGAAAUUUGAUCUCCGGUCCAGCUUUGCUGGGUAACGUUGUGAUCUGGAAGCCGUCACCCUCAAACGUCUACGCCAGCAGCAUCGUGUACAAGAUUCUUCUCGAGGCCGGUCUGCCCCCGAACGUCGUGCAAUUCGUUACUGGAGACCCAGAGACGAUCAACGAUGUCGCAUUGUCCCACCGCGACUUCGCCGGUCUGAAUUUCAUCGGUUCCUCUGAUGUCUUCCGCUCUCUGUACUCUAGGAUCGGCGAGGGCGUUGGGAAGAAGACAUAUCGCGAGUUCCCCCGCGUUGUCGCCGAGACAAGCGGCAAGAACUUCCACCUCGUCCACCCUUCAGCCGACAUCCCCAGCGCAGUCAACCACACCAUCCGCGGUUCUUUUGAGUACCAGGGUCAGAAAUGCUCUGCUACCUCCCGGUUGUACCUGCCUGAGUCCCGGGCCGAGGAGUUCUUCGCUCUGCUCAAGGCUGGUGUGAAGGAUAUCACCAUCGGAAACCCGGAUAAGAACCUGGAGGCCUUCAUGGGUCCUGUUAUUCACCGUCGCUCGUUUGACAAGAUCAAAUCUAUCAUUGAUAACUGCAACAAAGAUCCUUCUCUCAAGCUCAUUGCUGGAGGUACUACUGAUGACUCUGUUGGCUUCUACGUUCACCCUACUGUCUACCAGGUUGACUCAGCAGAUCAUCAGCUGUUCAACGAGGAGAUUUUCGGGCCCGUCCUUGCCGUCUACGUCUACCCCGACGCUGAGUGGUCCUCCACUCUGAAGAAGGUUGAUCAGGCAGGUGGUGGCUUUGCCUUGACCGGUGCUGUUUUCGCUCAGGACCGCCGCGCUAUCCGUGAGGCUGAGGAUGCUCUCCGCUACUCUGCCGGCAACUUCUAUAUCAACUGCAAGACAACUGCUGCCCUUAUUGGCCAACAAUCCUUCGGUGGUGCCCGUGCCAGUGGUACCAAUGACAAGGCUGGUAGCUCUGAUUCUCUGCGCCGAUUCACCAUCCCUCGGCUGAUUAAAGAGGAGUUCUUCCCUCAGCAUGGUUUCACCUACCCCAGCAACCACUAA